AUGGAAGAGAGAGCACUUAUUUACAGCUUUAUGGGAAGUUAUCUCAUCUUCGGAGCAGGCAGCACAAUUAUUUUGAAAAGUAUGGAUGAAUCUGAUUAUAUUCAUCCGUAUUUUCAAUGUGCAACUUUAUUUUUAGGAGAACUCACAUGUUUGGCAAUAUAUUACCUUAUAAAAUUCCACAAGAAUACACAGUCACGAAAAAAUUCAUAUAAAGUAUUACAGACAAAUGAUCCAGAUUCUCCAAGGACAGGUGCUUAUAAAAAGUACGGAUUAUUUCUCUUUGCGAUUCCUGCAUUUUUUUAUUGAAUUGCUGCAAGUUUGAUGUUUCUUGGGCUUAUUUUAUCAGCAGCAUCAGUCUAUCAGAUGGUUCGAGGUAUUAUAUCUAUAUUUGUGACGGCAUAUUCUGUGUUAAUUUUAAAGGUUACCUUAUUUAAACACCAAAUAGUGGGCAUUUGUUUCCUAUUACUUGGAAUUAUUUUAGUCAGCAUCUCUAGCUUGGUCUGGACUGCUCUUUCUGCUAAAUAUCCGCUAAUUGGGAUAAUUCUACUAAUUUGUGGACAAUUUUUCGCUGCAGGAGUGCUACUAUGCGAAGAAAUCUAUUUAAAACAACUAGACGUAGAGCCACUACAAGCAAUAGGACUAGAAGGAGCUUUUGGAGUGGGUUUUUCCUUAAUUUUUAUCCCGAUUUUGUAUUUCAUCCCUUGCAACUAUGAGAAUCUUUGCUCUCACGGAAGCUUAGAAAAUGGCUAUUACGCCUUUACUGAGCUUUGGGACACAAAAUUGCUUUUAUUUUGACUAGGAUCACUCUUUAGCUUUGCUAUAGUCUAUUUUACAGGGAUUUCUACCACAAAAUACACAAAUGCUUUAGCAAGGUCUACUAUAGACACUUGCAAAACUUUAUUUGUCUGGAUUUUUAGCAUGGUAUCUGAGUGAGAAGAAUUUGUGAUCCUUCAGUGUGUAGGUUUUUUAUGUAUAGUCUUUGGGACUGCAAUUUAUAAUGAAAUUUUGGUGAUACCGUGGUUUGGUCUCAAACAGUCAGUUGAAGCAAGAAGAAAUACUCGAAAUACAGCGAAUCGGUCUUCUAGUACUUCUAAAGUAAGCUCAAUAGAAAAAGAGAAAAAAGAACAGUCUGAUUUAUAA